AAUCUUUGUCUCUGUUGGAAAAUGGAUGACAGUGUGCUUCUAAGAGAGUGGUUCGACCGAGUUGACUCAGGGAAAGCUGGAAGCAUCACCGCUCCUCAACUCAAGAGCGCUUUCGCCAUCGGUAAUCUCAACUUCCCUCUUUCUGUCGUUCAACAAAUGAUCAGGAUGUAUGAUUUUGAUAGAAAUGGCACCAUGAACUUUGAAGAAUUUCUUGCUCUCAACAAGUUCCUCAUCAAGGUCCAGCAAGCCUUCUCCGACUUAGGGAGGAAUCGUGGAUUCCUUGUAAUUGAUGAUGUUUACGAGGCAAUAAACAAAAUCGGGUUCUCUUUGGAUUCUCCCGCGUUCUACACAGCAUGUGAGAGCUUUGAUCAGAAGAAGAAUGGGAGAUUGCAGCUGGAUGACUUCAUAUCGCUUUGUAUAUUUUUGCAGUCUGCUCGAAAUAUGUUUAAUGCAUUCGACACUGGGAAACAAGGCAGGGUUACUCUUGAUCUGAACCAGUUUGUUUACUGCGCUGCCAGCUGUAGAAUAUGACAUGGAGAACACCAGGUAAAUUGGACUCGAGAAAUAACUCUCUGAAUUCAGAUAUGAAAUGGAUUUGAUAAUUUGAUAUCAUGUUCUGUUUUGAAAAACGUAUGCCGUUGAUAGUGUGCGGAUAAAACUAGUUGACAACGGUGGUUCAUUUCAACUUUUUUCUUGUAUAUAUCUUGUAUGUGCGAUGCGAUGAUGUUCUGAAAAUUCAAAUUAAAUAAAAGGGCAGUGAUGUCCAAUGGAGAAGGAC